AUGUUUUGGUCUAAGAGACCCGAAACUUACAAUUAACCUCGUCAAUUUUUAGGGAAUUUUAAAUGUGAAAGGACUUUAUUAGAAUUAGAGGAAUUUCCAUCGAAUUUCAUAAAAACAUCAAGGUAAGUAAUCAUGUGAAGUGUAGAUAUAAUGUAGUAACUUUUCUUCCGAAAUCGUUACUCCUACAAUUUACUCGAUAUGCUAACAUUUACUUUUUGUGCAUAGCAAUUAUUUAAUGUAUUCCAGUGCUUUCAACAUUAAACCCUUUCAGUGCAAUAGCUCCUUUAGUUUUUGUGUUAGGUUUAUCAAUGGCUCGUGAAGGUAUUAAAAAUAAGAUAAUAUUUAAGGGUGGGAAGACUAUGGGCGUCAUGUAUCAGACAAUGAAGUAAAUUCAACAGAAUGUAUAAUCCUAAAAUAAAGAGUGGCGACAAUGUAAUGAAAUAAUACAAUAGUUAGUUCAACAUGGGCAGAAUUAUCAGUAGGAGAUUAUAUAUUAGUGAAGAAGGAUGAGAGUUUUCCUGCUGAUCUAAUUGUGCUUUCAAGUUCAAUUGAAAGUGGGGCUUGCUACAUCGAGACAUCAUCAUUAGAUGGAGAAAAAAAUUUAAAACCAAAGAGUGCUAUUUUAGAGAGUCAAUAGCUUUAUAAAGAAAUAGAAGGUUAUUGUGAAGAUCAGAUACGAGUUGAAGCAUAGGUUCCUACGUAAAAUCUUUAUGAAUUGGAUGCUUCUUUGUUUUUGCCAGUUGAUGGUAAAGAGAAAAAGUUUUAGUUAACAGCUAAAUAAUUAUUGUUAAGAGGUGCAUUUCUAAGAAAUACUGAUUGGAUUAUAGGUUUAGUUGUUUAUACAGGAUAGGAUACUAAAAUCAUGAGGAAUGCUGAUGCUUCAAGAGUGAAGUCAAGUGAAAUAGAAAGAAUUAUGAAUAUUCUUAUUUUAGGAAUUUUAGUAGUGUAAAUCAUUUUAUCGAUCAUCACAGCUGCCUUUUCUUCAGCUUGGUUGCAUAAUUAUGGAAGUGAUAGUUGGUAUUUAGAAUUUACUGACUUUCAACCGAACUUGCUUAGUUUUUAUGCGUUUUUCAGUUAUAUUUUAUUAUAUAAUACAAUGAUUCCUAUAUCAUUGAUAGUUAGUUUAGAAUUUGUUAAAGUGUUCUAAGCUUACUUUAUUGAAUAAGAUGAAGAGAUGUUUGUUGCUCAAAGGAAAAAAUAUGCUAAAGUGUAAACAACAACUAUAAAUGAAGAAUUAGGAUAGGUGGAAUAUAUUUUCUCUGAUAAAACUGGAACUUUAACUUGUAAUCAAAUGGAAUUCAAGUAUUGCAUAAUAGGAAAUAUAUUAUAUGGCAGAGAACAAUAAAAUACAAAUAAUCCAGUAUAAAAUGUAGAUCUAAAAAGACAGCAAACCGCUAAAGUAGAUAAUGAAAGUGAAGUGUUCCAACAUUCAGUCUUUAAUUUUCAAGAUGUUGAAUUAAGUGCCAUUCUUAAAGGUGAAGGAUCCACAGGUGAUAUGCCAAUAAAUCUUAAAAUUGUAUCCUAAGAUGGUAAAUAAUAAGUGACAUUGUCUAAUCAGAGAGAAUUAAUUGAAGAAUACUUUUUCUUACUUUCUUCAGCUCAUGAAUGCAUUAUUUAAUAUGAUAAGAAUUAAAAUGCAUCAUAUUAAGGUCCAUCUCCAGAUGAGAUCACUCUUGUAGAUGCAGCAGCUAGAUUAGGAUUUCAAUUUACUGGAUCAUCUGCAAGUGAAUAAUGUUUCAAGAUUUUGGGCAAAGAAAAAAAAGUCAAAUUGCUAAAAUCAUUUGAAUUUGAUUCUACUAGAAAGAGAAUGAGUGUUAUAAUUGAUGAUAAUGGAAUCAUAAAAUUAUAUAUAAAAGGAGCAGAUAAUAUUAUCAAAGAUAGAUUAUUACCUAAUUAACCAUUUUUGAAUGAAAUUAUUAAUUAUUUAGAUGAUUUUAGUAAAAUUGGAUUAAGAUGUCUACUUAUGGCUUCAAGAGUGUUAUCUCAGUAAGAAUAUUAAGAUUUUGAUCACGCUUAUAAUAAUUUACCAGAUAAUGAGACUAGAGCAAGUGAAUUAGGUAAUAUUUAUUUUUUAAAAAUAUAGAAAAAUUAACAAGUAAUUUAGAAAAAUAACUUACUUUAUUGGGAGCAUCAGCUGUUGAAGAUAAAUUAUAACCUUUAGUUCCAGAGACUAUAGCAGAUUUAUUAAAAGCUAAUAUAAAAGUUUGGAUGUUAACAGGUGAUAAAUUAGAGACAGCAGAAAAUAUAGCUAAAAGUUGUAGAUUAAUCUAAGGAGAUUUUACAGUGAUGAGAUUAUCAGUUCCUACAGUUGAUGAAUGUAAAAAGAAAUUAGGAGAUAUCUAAGAUACUUAUGAUCUAUGUAUAAAGGAGAAUAGAAAAAAAGUAUUUAAACAUAUUAUUGUAGUCAAUAGUAGUUGAAGGAUCAUCUUUAUAAUUUAUAAUAGAUAAUGAAGAUUUAGCAUAGGCAUUUGUUAGUAUGGCAAAAGAUUGUGAAAGUAUUGUUUGUUGCAGAGUCACACCUAAAUAAAAGGCUGAUGUUGUCAGAUUAAUUAAAGAUAGAUUAAAUAAGAUAACUUUGGCUAUAGGAGAUGGAGCUAAUGAUGUUAAUAUGAUUUAGGCUGCUCAUAUUGGAGUUGGAUUAUAUGGAAAUGAAGGAAUGAGAGCAGUUUAAAGUAGUGAUUUUGCUUUGGGAGAAUUUAGAUGUUUAUGGAGGUUAUUACUAGUUCAUGGACAUUGGAAUUAUAUUAGAAUUGCAGAAAUGGUUCUGUAUUUCUUUUAUAAAAAUAUGAUUUUCACUGUGCCAUAAUUCUUCUUUUCAUAUUUUUGUGCCUUUUCAGGAUAGUCAUACUUUGAUGAUUGGUAUAUCACUUUCUAUAAUCUUAUUUUUACAGCAUUACCUCUUAUUGUAAGAGGUACAUUUGAUUAGGACAUCAAUUAUAGAUAAUAUUGUUAAUAUGAUUCAAAAGAAGAAGUAGCUAAUGUUUAAAAGAAAUAAGAAUAAUAUUUAAGACUUAAAUUUCCAAGUCUUUAUUAUGUUGGAUAAAAUAAAACUAUUUUCACAAUUCCUAAUUAUUUAUUAUGGGCUUUCAAUGGUUUGGUUCAUGGAAUGAUUAUAUUUUUCUUUGUACUUUGGAUUAUGGAUUAUGAAAUAGUAUAAAAUUCUGGAGAAUCAAGUAGUUUAGCACCUUUCUCAUUGACAGUCUAUUCCUGCAUUAUUUUAGUAUCAUAUUAAUUAUUAUUAUUUUAGAUUGCUGAUCUUAAAAUAGCUAUUCAUACUAAAUUUUGGACAUGGUUUAAUUUUAUUAGCAUAACCUUUCUGUCUAUUCUGCUUUACAUUUUAUAUGUGAUCAUAUCUCAUUUCUGGCCUGGAACUUUGAUGGAAUAUACUCCAUUUACUAUGGUAGGCACUCCACAUUUCUGGUUGAGUUUAUUGUUAAUAGGAGCAAUAAUAGGAGGUUUGGAAGCUAUCUAGGCAGAAAUAAUAAGGGAAUUUUUUACUGAUCCAGCUACAUAGAUUUUAAAGAAAGUUAAAAUCUUUGAACCUUAUCUCAAUAAGUGGAUAGAAAAUUAAGAAAAGAUUGCAAGGCAAGAUUCAUUUUGGGCUGGAAUUUAUAAAUAAAAAGAGGAAGCUGUUGAGGAAUAAGAGUUAGUACGAUUUAGUGGAUCAUAAUAAUGA